GGCUUUAAAUCCUUGCCAUGUAUACAGUAGAGUCAAUAUGAUAAUAUGUAGAGCAUAUAAAAUCGAGCCUGUUUCUUUUAUUCAUAGGGAUAUUUUGGAAGGGUUUUUUAUCAAGAAGUAGGCCUGAAUACAACAUUGAGCAGGGGGAGCUGAGGUCCCGGUGGAAGGUCGUAAACCUUCUAAAAUGAAACUACCAAUCAUUUCAUCCAAAAAAUACCAGCUUCAUGUGGAGUGGGCUAGAAGUCUCUUAGAAGGACAAGGAAUGGACAGGAAUACUGCUGACAAGAUUCUCGGAGAUUAUUGCUCCCUGAUUGAUUUUGCGGAGGAUAAAGAUGAAACUGUAGAUUCUGUGGACUGCAAAGCUCAAAAUAAAUUUACUUCUGCAGAUGAAAGAAAUGAGGAUUUUGAAGGUAACCCCCUUUUUGAUCCUUUAGCAAAAUAUAGCUCAGAGGAACUGGAGGCUCAGGAACAGUACGUUGCACCAGAUAGAGAAGUUCUGGAGAAGAUGCAUUGUCAUAGACAUGAUGACUUAAUUGUACAUUGUGGCUGUAGGCCAGCAAAACAGACUGUUCAAAACAUUUCUGCUGAGAAAAGUGUAAUCAAUGGGGAAGAACAUGAAUAUGUGUUGGUGGAAGAGGAACAAGACUCUGCUAGUCUUCAAGACAAAGAUGGGCAGAAUGACAAAAAUAAGAAGCACAAACUUGUUUGCCGGAGAAAUCCAUUCCGAAUGUUUGAGUAUUUACAGCUGAGCCGUGAAGAGGCUUUCUUUUUGGUGUAUGCCUUGGGUUGUCUGUCAGUCGCUUAUAAAAAGGAACCUUUAACAAUACAGAAACUCUGGGAAGUUUUCUGUGCAGCACAGCGGAACUUCCAGACAAGUUAUAUGGCAUACCAUCACUUCCGAAGCAAAGGCUGGGUGCCCAAAGUGGGACUAAAAUAUGGAACAGACCUGUUGUUAUAUCGUAAAGGUCCACCCUUCUACCAUGCAAGUUAUUCUGUAAUUGUGGAACUUGUUGAUGCUGAUUAUGAAGGUUCUCCUCUGCGACCAUUGACCUGGAGGUCUUUAUCUGGUCUUAACAGGACAACAAUGAAUGUGUCUAAGGAAUUGCUGAUCUGUUAUUUAAUCCAGCCUCAGGAUUUUACAGAAAAGGAAAUGAAGUCUCCAGAAUGCAUAAAAAAGUUUAAAGUUCAGGAAGUGAUCGUCAAUCGAUGGAUCUCAUCGCAAGAGAGAGUGGAGCAUGAAGAUUUGUAG